AUAAAGACCGCGCUCGGCGACCGCGGGCCCCGCACUGCUGAGGAGCGGAGCCUCCGCUUGGGGGGCCCCCCAUCCCUGGCUGUCCCCCAACUGCGCGUCCCCGCCCCACCCCCGCGGCUGAGCCACCACUGGUGCAGUGGUCUCCGCUUGGCGGAGGGAGCCUUGAGCUUCGUUCCACAGCUGCUUUGCAUCUUGAAUUUCGGGGCGGCCCCCUCCCCCACCUCUCCCUGCCUUUUUGUACCCCGCUUUUUUUCUGCAUUCUGCUCGGCUUUUGUAGCCGUCUGCUUGUGCACCCCUUUUCGUUUUGUUUCUAGACGGUUUGGCGAGGGUGAAGCUGCGUUCAUACCCCUUCCUCUUGUUAUUCUCUCCUGCUCUGACAGCACCCCUUUUCAUCGCAGUUGGGGGGCCUAGGAUCGGUGCAUCUUCCGCCGCGCUGCCAGCACCCCGCAGCGCGUGGCCGUGCACCCCGGAAUCUGCAGCAGCUGCAUAUCUGAGGGGGUCUCCUUUGCCUCCGCCGCCUUUGCUCCCCGCGCUUUUGGUUGUGUGGAGGGCUUCAGCGCGCGGCGCCCCCGCUUCUCCGCAGCCCCCUGCCCCGCGCCCGGACUAGACCCGCGCCGCCAAGAUGGUCAUCCAGAAAGAGAAGAAGAGCUGCGGGCAGGUGGUUGAGGAGUGGAAGGAGUUCGUGUGGAACCCGAGGACGCACCAGUUUAUGGGCCGCACCGGGACCAGCUGGGCCUUUAUCCUCCUCUUCUACCUCGUUUUUUAUGGGUUCCUCACCGCCAUGUUCACCCUCACCAUGUGGGUGAUGCUGCAGACUGUCUCCGACCAUACCCCCAAGUACCAGGACCGACUGGCUACACCGGGCUUGAUGAUUCGUCCCAAGACUGAGAACCUUGAUGUCAUUGUCAAUGUCAGUGACACUGAAAGCUGGGACCAGCAUGUUCAGAAGCUCAACAAGUUCUUGGAGCCUUACAACGACUCUAUCCAAGCCCAAAAGAAUGAUGUCUGCCGCCCUGGGCGCUAUUACGAGCAGCCAGAUAAUGGAGUCCUCAACUACCCCAAACGUGCCUGUCAAUUCAACCGGACCCAGCUGGGCAACUGCUCUGGCAUCGGGGACCCCACCCACUAUGGCUACAGCACUGGGCAGCCCUGUGUCUUCAUCAAGAUGAACCGGGUCAUCAACUUCUAUGCAGGAGCAAACCAGAGCAUGAAUGUUACCUGUGCUGGGAAGCGAGAUGAAGAUGCUGAGAAUCUCGGCAACUUCGUCAUGUUCCCUGCCAACGGUAACAUCGACCUCAUGUACUUCCCCUACUAUGGCAAAAAGUUCCACGUGAACUACACACAGCCCCUGGUGGCCGUGAAGUUCCUGAAUGUGACCCCCAAUGUGGAGGUGAAUGUAGAAUGCCGCAUCAACGCCGCCAACAUCGCCACAGAUGAUGAGCGAGACAAGUUCGCCGGCCGUGUGGCCUUCAAACUCCGCAUCAACAAAACCUGAGGCCCCUUCCUCCCACCCCAUCUCUCUCCUGUGGAUGCUCCUGGAAUGUCCCUGACCCUGCCUGAUCCCUCCCUCACCCACCCCAAAGGUAUUUUUGAUAACAGAGCUAUGACUUGUCUGAGCCUCACACCCUUUUCCUUGACUUCUCAACCCAGCCUGAAGUCCAUUGCGCUUCCCCAUCACUCACAUUUCCGACCAACUUCUCCCAACCUCAGAUGAGAGGGAGCUGGGCUAAGAUGGCCACAGAGGAGUUAGGAGGCUUUCUAGUUCUGGUUUAGCUGUGAGAGUUAUCCACUCUCCUGCCUGCAUAUCCCCUGAGAGUUAUAGGAAGUGCCCACUGACCCACCCACCCAGCUACAUACCCCCACCCCCCACACACAUACAAACGUGCACACGUGUCUCAUUUCACCCCUUUGCUUCCAGAGAUGAAUGUGGCACUCUGUCCUUCCAUUCCUAAGCUCUAGCCACUGGUCCUUGAUCUCUCACACUUUCUCCCUGUCUACACAGUCGUCAUCUUGGUGACUUUGAACUUAUCUGGCUCCUGGGCAGGUGUUCUCCUCCUCUUCAUCCCUAUUCCCUCCUCUGAAAUGCACCUUUUUGUAAUUGAGGACAAGGUGGUUCUGUGGCCUUUUCCCUCUUUCCUGGCACAUUCUGCUUCUCACCCUCUGGUGACUCUGUGAGCUGGGAAAUGAGGGACUGGAAGCGAGGCCUGCGUUG